UGACUGCCCCUUUGCAAGUGGGGCACAUUCAGGGAGCAGAACUUGGGGUGUGUGUGGGGGGGGUAUCUCCUCGGGGAAGCCCCCCUCACGCCCCCCUCCAGGAGGAUGGGCUCAGACAGGAAGGGCGGCUUGGCUGGGCUUGUGGGUUAAGGCACUGGGCUGGGACCCAGGAGAUUUCGGUUUCAGUACUCAGCUCUGCCACUCUCCCCUGUGUGAGUCACUUCAUCAGAGAACGAGCCUUCCCUGCCUCACAGGGCUGCUGGGAAGAUAAAUGUUUUCAUGGGGCUCAGAAGCCAUAGGGAGUGGGGCCGGAUAAGUGCCUGGCUAGGCACGGGGAGGAAGUGGUAUGUUCCCCUCUCACCGUGCAACAGAAUUGGAAGGAGGAGGCUGGGACAGAGCCAUGACAGAGUCCAUCUUGCGGCUGCAACGAACAAGAAGCAGCUGCCAGUAUCCCAGGGACUCAGGUGAACUUUGAGUCACAAUAAUUUGGCGUCUCAUGAGUGUGGCAGUGAGAGAUCCUCCACAGAAUAAGGCUGGCUGGAAACCACGAUAUGAACUCCUGUAGGCACAAGCAAGGCUGAUGUCAGCCUAGUAGGGGGCUGUGAUGGACACGUGCUCCACACACCGCUUGUGUGUACACACUCUGUCUACCCGUGCACAGACACCACUCACGCAAACAACACUUGAACGCACAAAUUUAUAUGUGAUGGCUACUAUCUUGGCCAGCAUACCAGAGACUGAACAGAGAACUUUGUGAGUUUCUACAAAUUAAAGAGCCAAGCUCAUGGUCUGAGAGCUCUAAGAGACACGCACUCUCUGGGUUGGGCGCAGAGGGAGAAUUCAUAACACGUGCACACACAAGACCACGUGCAGGUACAGAUACAUGUGCAUCAUUGCACCUCUGAUAUUCAGCGACUGCAUUUCUACUUGUGCUUGUUCAUUCUACUUGUCCCUACUGCUAACCUUCAACUGGGGCGUCUUUUCUACCAGCUAGUCAUGAGGUUAUUCAUCAUUUCCUGUCAAAGUGUUGUGCAAGCCGUGCUGUGUUCCACUUCAGUAAUGGGGGAAAUGAUUUCUAUAUAACUUGGAAAGUAUUUGGAGAUUUAGAGAAAUAUAAAUGGUUCUUAGCCUUGGCCUGAAAGCUGCAAUCCAUUGAUGUACUGUAAGAUCAUAGGAAAAUGCCACAAGAUUUAGGGCCUGAGUUAGAUCUUAGUUACGCUUGCUGUAAAUCUGGAGUAACUCCACUGAGGUUACUCGGAAUUUACACUUGUACAGCUGAGAUCACUGGGCCCGACAGUAACUGUCGAAGUCAGUGAAAUCACACCAGUAUCAAAUUGGUGUGAGAAGAGAAUUGUGCCCAGAGCCUAGCAUGUAACUUACACCAUGGCUGAGGUGACCGGCGGUCUCAGUCCUUUGGCUUUUAUGUGAGGCUUUAAAUUCUAUUUGCUGUAGGAAAAGGAAGAAAAGCCCUUUUAUGUUCAGGGACAUUCUGUAAUUUCCUCCCGAGAUGUUGAAAUUCCAUCUUGGGCAAAACUUCGUUCUCCUUUUCAUUUACUUCUAGCUAGGAACUUUCCAUGCAUGUUGGGCUCCUACUGUCUAUUUACCAAAGAUCCAGGAUGCUCUGCAGAAAGAUGAGCCUGAGGAUUCUCUUUCUCUUAGCUGGCUCUUUGGCAGGUCCCAGCCUAACUCCCGCCCCACUUUUUUACCUGGACAUGUCUUCCGACCCCCCUGCCCGAGGAGACUCCGCCAGGCUCGUGUGCAUCGCGCCGAAAGCCUACGUGGACAGCGAGUUCUGGUUGCUGAAGACAGGUCUGGCUCAACCUGUACAGAUGCUGUUUGCCUCGGAGGCCCAGCACCGCGUCACUUUCAUCCUGGAGAACAUCACCGGGAAGGACGCCGGGCAGUACCGAUGCAAGUACCACAGCUACAACGGGAGUGCCAGGCAGAUGUCAGAGUUCAGCAAUGUGGUGGAGAUCGCGGUGGCAGCAACUCCGACGGCCCCUCCCCCAGUUUCCAUGGCUGCUCCAGAAGGUUCCCCGUGGCUGCUCCCUGUGUCCCUCAGCGUGGCUGGAGCUUUGCUUCUGACCGUGGGCCUAGUGGUAGCAGUCGUGGCAGUCAGGCGAGUUAACGUCAGAAGACAACAGCUGAAAAGGGAUCGGGAAUCGUGCUGGACAGAAACGAACUUUCCCACAACAGACAUGUCGUUCGAUAACUGUCUGUUCACCGUCUCAGCGAAAAUGGACCUGGAAGCCACAGGCAGCCAAGAUGCCUGCAUCUCCCCAGGCUCCAGAAAAAGACUCAGCUCAGCUUCCUCUCUGGGAACCAACAGCUUCAGCACAUUCAAGUCCUUGCAAUGAUGGCCCGGGUUGAGGCCGGCCCCAGAUGCUCCAGCUAGUGACCCUGGCCCCAGGCCCGGCCCUGCCCUUAGUUCUUCCUUGGGCUCAGUGUCUCCCCCAGAACGAAGCAUCUGCCAGAGGGGCCGUAACUGGGGUGUGAUUAUACGUCUUCUUCACUGGGAGGAGAAUGAGCUUCAGUUAAGCCUUGUGGCCCGCUGUGUGCCUCCAGGGCCACGUGACAUGGGCACCAUGAAAGGACACCCAGAAUAUAGUCUACCUCCCUCAUCGUGAGCAGCAUCACCGGCUCAGCCCUGGCAGCUGCAUCGAUCCCUGGGGCUGAUGCUAGAAGCAGGAAGAGCCCAGCUAGGGUUGCAUGUGGUGGGAGCAGGAUUUGUGUGGCUGGCAGUGGAUUCUUCCAUUGUAUCCAGAAUGACAUUCACACCAGCCAGCCACCCCUUUCUACCCCUCCACAAUCCCCUUCCUCCAAGCAGCGUUUCCCCAGGAUGACCCGAGAUGGGGGGAGAGCCAAAGACUCCAUAAAGCCCACUGCCAUGAAGGCUGUCGGCAGGCUAUUGUACACGGAAGGUGCUCCUGGAUUGUGGUGAUGAGCAGCAGCUCUAAACCUGAGAUGGACAGAGGAUGCAGAUAGGGAUGGAUGGAUAGAUAGAGGAGUGUGUCUGUGGAUGGAUGGCUGGGGAUGGACAGGUGUGGCUGGGGAUGGACAUAUGGGGACGGAUAGAUGGGUGCAUGGGAGUGGGGAUGGAUGGAUGGAUAUGCGGCUGUGUCUGGGGAUGGACAGUUGGAUUUGCACACCAAACACAUUUAAUCUGGAAUCACCGAGAGAGAAUGAGCGUGGAAGCCCCAAAGGAACUGCUUUCCCACCUAACUGCCCCCAACUCUAACUCCCUCUUCUUUUGCCUGUGACUUUCACCGAGGGGGCCGUUCAGAAUGUUUAUAUGUUUGCUUUUUGUUUCUGUAGGAAGUGAGUGUGGUCUAGCAAUUAGAGCAGAGAGCCAGGACUCCUGGGUUCUAUCCUCAGCUUGCGAUGUGACCUUAGGAAAGUCUCUUCUCCUCUCUGUGACUCAGUUUCCCUAUCUGUAAAAGGGAUGAUAAUUCCCCCCCUUGAGGAUUGUUUCCCAGGCUCUUUGAAGAUAUUAAGCCCGGAGUAUUACAGUGGUUCCAGCUGCCACUGGAAACUGUAAGGUCAUUUUCUGAUUCAAUA